AUGGCUAGCGAAGACGAAGACUUCCAAUUCAUUAAUUACAACCCUCCACCUGACCCUCCCUGCUGUGAAGAAGUUAACGGCAAAAUUACAUGCGAUUUGACUGGCUAUGACCCGCCAACUCAUUUCCCGUCAAAAAUAUGUUCCAAAAGAAACCUUCAAGUUUUGAAGCUUAUCAUUGAUGAUUUUGAAAUCCCAAAGGAGAUAGGAAAUUUGCAUAAAUUGGAACACUUAGUUCUUUGCCAAUGUGAUAAUGACAUCAAUCUUGAGACGAGGAUAACUAAAAUCCCAACUACACUGAGAAAUCUUAAAAACCUAAAGGUGCUGAAUUUAAGGAAUAACCCACUGUAUAUGUUCCCAUCGCAGCUUACCGAACUGUUCAACUUGGAAGAACUUCAUGUUAGCAACUGUCAGCUGGCUAAUCUCCCAGAUUCAUUCGCUAAACUUCAACUGCUGAAAACCUUAGAUCUUAGUAACAAUCUAUUUAAAGAUCUUCCAUCGUGCAUAAUGAAGCUUUGUAAUCUUUGCAAGUUAUACGUCGCCGAUGGUUGUCUUCAGAAUAUUUGUGGAGAGAUUAAAAAUUUGGUCAACUUAGAGCGACUUCAAUUGACCAGUAACGAACUCAUGUCGUUACCCGAGGGACUGUUCGAACUCGUGAAUUUAAAGAAAUUGUAUUUGAAUAAUAACAAGUUAACGUCACUUCACGACAAAGUUGGCAAACUCGUUAACUUGGAGUACCUGGUUUUAAACCAGAAUAAGUUGACGAAGAUCCCGGAAACCAUUGGGAAGUUGAAGGAAUUACGUUAUCUUAAUCUUCACGAGAAUAUGUUAUCCUGCCUUCCCGAGAGCGUAACGAGCCUGGAACAGAUUGAGACGCUUCUGGUCGACCAUAACCCGCUUCAAGUACCACCUGUUCAUGUCUGCAAUCAAGGUAUUGAAAGUGUCCGAAAUUAUUUUAAAGCUAUGAAGAAUACGAAAAAUAUUCAUGCAAAGCGAUUGAAGGUAGGUAACAAAUGAUGACUUUAUAUUUAUCAUCAUGAUAUUGUAACAUAUAGGUGUAAACGUUCGCCAUAUGUAAAGAGAAUGAUCACAAAAUCAAAAUGACUAAAUUUCCACAGCAUGAUGGCCAUUAUUUUUCAACUGGACAGUGAGAUAACUACUGCUUGUUUGCAUAUAGUUUAUUCCUUUUCAAAUAGAAAUAGUUUUCCUUACUUAACUUUUCUGUACCAAGAUUGCACGAGCACGGAUAUCCUUUUCCAUUUCUAAUGAAACUAUCUGUUCAUUUCAUAAAAUAGACCACACCCUGUGACCUUCUUAAUCUUACCACGCCCUUUCCAACACUUACAAGAGCAAUCCCAUUUGAUCUCUGAUAAAACCACUCCCUUUUUAUCUCUUGUAAAACUGCAUUUGCCUACUUUCUGUCUCUAACGAGAUUGCACCAUUUCUCCAUCUCUAGUGUGACCACACCCUUUUUUAUCUCCAAGUAAAUUGCCUUUUGCAAGUCAUCAUAUUUCAUCUCCAAGUAAAUUGCCUUUUGCAAGUCAUCAUAUUUCAUCUCCAAGUAAAUUGCCUUUUGCAAGUCAUCAUAUUGUAAAACCAUAUGUCUGACUGCAUAGGUCAAUAGUUCAUAAUCAGACAUCUGCCUCCUGUAAAACUGUGUGGUGGACAUAUGUAGUGUUCAGACUGGGCAAUAUAUUCUACAAUAAUCCUCAAUGGUUUGUGUCUGAACCACCUGAAUAAGUUUAUAAGACAUUCUGACGUUUCAAUUAAAUGUAAGCUGAGUAAGCUCUUCAUCAGGGAAUAGGGUGCUAGCAAACUAAUUUUGUCUGUCUAUUAAUUGCGGGGUUUGAAUUAACAGUGUGCAAUGUGCAAUUUUCGCAUCAUUCUGGACCAAAUAGUGAAAAUUGCACAUCACUUUUCAAAACAAUGUGCAAUAAAAAAAUUGGGACUAUUAAUGAACAUGACCAUCCAUAUUUAUAGAUUUAAACAAAGCCAAUCUGUUGUCUUAUACUUUAUAAACAAGUGCUUUUGCACGCACACUGGCAGCAUGUUUGCAGAUUGGAAGGUCUCAAAUUUUAGCCACUAUGACAGAUAGACAUAAACACAUGGCUGAUUAAUGUUUUGUGUUAGCUAUAAGGUUUGUAUACCAUUCAAAAAUUGCAAACAAAAAGUAUUGAAAUAAUUAAAUUAUUGCAGUUUGAUUGAGUAGAUGUUUGAUGGGUAGCUAAGACAAUAAUGAACCUAUUUUAUAAAAAUUUAGAGCCACAUUUUUUUUAAAAAGGUUGCACAUAAUUUUUUCUCAACUAAUUCGAACCCUGAUUAAGUGCAGCCUGGGUAAGUCUGGGUUAUGCCUAUCGCCCCAUUCCCCUCCUUAUAACCCUGUAUUUACAUUCCAUUAUGAAUUAGGUUGUAGUGCUUGGAGAGUCAAUGGCAGGAAAGACAAGUCUUGUGAAUGCCUUAAUGACAGGUGAAUCAACUCAGAUUGACGAAGAUGAUCGGACAUUUGGUGUCGUGUUUUAUCAUUGGAAACCAGAACCUGAAGUUGAUGAACUGGAGUUGAUGGUGGUCGAUUGUGCUGGACAGAAGAAAUAUCAGAUGACCCAUCAACUUUUCUUGUCUGAAGGUAAUUACAAAAAUGUCAGUCAUAUACGCAGUGGUUGUUGCAUUUUUUAGAUACAGUCGAACCCCUAUUAAUGGACAGCUCUCUUAAGCGGACACAUACCUCUGACCCCAAUACGACGAAUUUGUUGUUGCACCCUUCAGUGUCAUAAUAAUUUUUCAAAGUUGCCUAACUAAGAGUGAGCAUCGAAAAAUCGCGCUGCGUUGUCGAAUCGCGUUCGGUGUGCCUGGGCUUCAUGAAUUGGCAAAAUGUGCUAGACUUCACGCUCGCGUCUAGAUUUAAGCAUAUAAUCAAUUCGAUGCAGACAUAUAGCAAAAGACCUCAUUAUCUAUGUUUUUGUCUUGGUUUAUACAAAAAAUGAUCGGUUCAUCGUCACGUGUGUAUUGUUUUUUUUUUGUUGUUUUAGCGAAAAUACAAUACACACGUGACGAUGAACCGACCAUUUCUUGCAUAAACCAAGACAAAAACAUAGAUAAUGAUGUCUAUUAUGUCUGCAUCGAGAUUCCUAACCUUCUUCUGUUGACUAUGUUUUAGGCUAUGCGGGAACUAUGUAAAGCAUCUCUAAAGUAUUUUUUUACCAAAUAUCGUUAUUUUCCACCAGGUGCUCUGUUCAUUUUGGCGGUGGAUCUGUUUCGGUAUGGGUUUGACAGUCCAGAAAGUUACCAAGAGAAUGUCGGUCAGUGGAUAUCCCUCGUAGCUGCCCGGAUACCAAGAGCGCGGAUCCUGGUCGUCCCAACCCAUAUCGACGAAUGCCACUACGAAGAAGAUAUAGAUCUGAAAGUUCGAAAUAUUUUGGUGAAUAUGAAAGAACAACGAGAGGAGAUGGUCAGCGAGAUAGACAAGAAGAUCAAGCACGUGAAAAAGACGGAAGGGCAUUGCAUUCCAUCGGAAGAACUGGCCAAAAUACUGGAGCAGCAUCGAGAGCAGAAGGAUAACUUGCCUGUUAUGUCUUUACAGUACAAGG